AUGAAAUUGUGGCUUUCGCAAGCGUCACCCACUUCCCUGGGUCACGCGGUGGCGAAACUGGGCCCCUCGGCGCUUUGCGGCGUCUUUGGAGAGGAGUUUCGUCGCUCCACACACCAGCGCCGCUGUUGGCGAGUUUACGUGUCGACGGCCGUUCCUGCGACCCUGCGUCACGGUGCGUGA